GUCUCUCCCCCUCGCCGCUACCCCCCCGCCCCCACCUCGCCCCGUCCCGCCCCGCCCCCUUCUCGUCUCUAUCUCUGACUUUCUCUCGGUCUCUGUGGGUGGGUCUCUGCGCAUCCUUCCAGCUGGGCGUCCAGCUGCCUUGUUUCCUGGUCUUCCUUCCCCAACGCUGCCCCCGCCCCACGGCAGCCCUUCCCCUCCCUUUACAGUGCCCCCCUUAAUAGAGCAAACAAAGAUGAUUAAGGGAGGGAGGCACCUCCUUUCCCAGCCCUGUCCUGUUUCAGCGUGGGGCCCCACCCCUCUGGCCUCUGGCCUGGGCCUCCCGCCACCUUCCUGCGGGGAGCUGGCCCUGCAGAGCCGUCUGCAGGGGGGGGGGGGGGGGUCGGUCCGGGAAGUAGACACAUCUGAGGGCAGAGACCCCGGGGCGGGAGCACAUAGGGGAGCCCCCCUCCCAUCCCGUGAGAGACAGCACACGGGGCAGACCUGCCUGGCUCUGAGUCUGGGCCUCUGGCAAAAUCAGACCGUGCCCUGGACCCUGUUCACAGGAGCAGGGCCUGACGCUUUCUAAGAUUGUUUCCAAUGGAGCCAAGGUAGGGCAGAACUGGCUGUGCUUGGGCAGAGUCCCUGGCGCCUGGGGGGGGGGGAUCACGGGGUGUGGUGAUGGCCCUGCCCGGCCAGGCCACUUCCUGUGGGUGGCCUCCAUUGCCCCACCCGAGCCGUGGGGCAGCAGUGAGAACCACGGGCAGCUGCCGGCUGGAUGCGUGGAGUGGCCAUUGCUGUGCAGGUGAUUCGUGAUGCUUUUGGAGAAAGCCUGGCUGUGCCGGGGUUUCCCCGGGAUCCCAAACACCACUCCCUGGACAGCAUGUGGAGGGGGCGGGGGGGCUCCCUGUGGCCCUCAGACCUCCUCCUGCACCAGGCCCAGCCUGAGAACCCUUCCUGGAGGGGUAAGCUAGGGGCUCUGGGACCACCAGAUUGUCCCCUUCAGCGACAGUGCUUGAUAACAUGCCAGUUCCUGGGCUCUCGUCCUGACCUCUGAUGGGGGCACAGGAAUCCAUAGCUCACAACUCAUCCCCUCCCCCGCCCUGCACACAUACAAGUGUGAACACCGAUGCGUGGUGGCUUUGGACGAGGGCACGUAGUUCCCUCUGGCCGGUAGGCAGUGGGGGGGACCCAAGAGCAACGCAACCCAAGGGCGUGGUCUCGCUGUGUCCCUGAGCAAGGCACUCCGCCUCUCUGGGGCCAAGUUCCCAUCAGUCCGCAGGUUAUGGCCUCCCAAGGGUCCUUCCUGCCAAAUGGUCUGGGAUUCUGAGCUGCUUGCUGAAACUGUGGGGGCAGAGGGGGGCUCUGGAGUCAGGCAGACCUGGGUCGGCACCCCAGGGCCACCGCUGGCUGUCUGUGUGGCCCUACCCAAGUCACUGCCUCUCAGGGCCUCCGUUUUUCCAUCUGAAAACUGGAAAUCAUAAUACUACCCAGUACUUACAGGUGGUCAGGGAUGCCAAAGAGGCAUAAUGCCUGAUACAUCACAAGCCCACCAUGAACAUGGCCUACGUCGUGAGAGGGGGUGGCACUCUCUGUGUUUCAGCGAGUUUAACUAUCUGGUGAUGGGGAGAUUCGCAUGGACUUAAUUUCUCAUAAGCGGGGAAAGCGGCCUGUGCGGAAACAUUUGUUAGCUAAUGGAUUUUUCUGUUUCUAAUGGAUGGAUUAAAAGGCCUGGGGAUGGUCGAGCAGAAUUGCCUGGGCAGAGUCAGGCAGCGUUUCAUGGGAUCCGACUGGGCUGCUGGUGCCAGAUCUCUCUCGACGCAGGCCCUGGGAGAUAACACCCGGGUCCCCCGGGGGACUCCCGGCAGAGCCAGGAGGGGCUGGGGUGAGGAGAAGGAAGGGGCCCUCUCCACGUGCCCCGAGUGCUGGGCGUUCACAGACAUGAACAAAAUCAUCUUCUGGGACAUCUGUGAGGAGAGCAGGCUCCCAAGAUACCCAUAGAGGGGCAGAAAAAGUCAUUCAUUCAUUCAUUCAUUCAUUCAUUCAUUCACUCGCUUACUCCCACCGGCCUUCUCCAGGCCUGGCAGAUGGCAAGGGGGUCCCCCACUAAGGCAAAGAGACCCACACAGAAAGGGGGAGGCCACCGGCGCAAUCUGGAUGGGGAGCUCUAGGGUCAGACUGUGGUGUCACUGGUCCUCAGGGUCCCACAGCAGGAUCAGGAUGCCCUGCUUCAGGACUCACCCUGAAGCACGGUGGCCCAGGGCUGCCUGCAGAGGAAGGCCAGCCAUCCCCCAAGUCAGAGUCGGGAGAUACACAUUCGACUCUUGGACUGCUUUGACGAUGUGGGUUUAGUGGAACGAGAAGGUGACUUCCUGGUGACACUAUAACCCCCUUUUUGCCUUUUAACCACAUCCCUCUUACAGGUCUCAACACUGAAUCUCAGGGGGGGAGCACACGGCGGGAUGGGGACUUUGAGGUCUGUGAGCACAGGUCUGGUGACUCAGGGAUCCCUCAGUCUCGGACACAGCUCUGGGGGGCUGGGAGGAGGAGCCAGCCAGGGCCAGAGAGGGGCUACAAAGGCCGGGGACCCCAGAGUCAGGCCCACCUGCUGUAAAUCCUGGCGGCACCAUUCAAUAGCUGUGUGGCCACGGGAAACCUGCCUAGCCUCUCUGAGCUUCAGUUCUGCCGUUUGCAUGAUGUAGACUGGCAUAAACUGUUUAGGUGAUUACAACCGUGGGCUCCUCUGGAGCCAGGCUGCUUGGGUUCGAGUCCCGGCCCCACCCCUCCCGGCUGGGUGACAUUGGUGAGUCACUAAACCUCUGUCUGCCUUCGUGUCUUGGGGACAGUUGUGGCACUCACCGCAGAGGGUUGUUGCAAGGACCUUGUGACUUCGUGUAGGGCCCUGAGAGGGGACAGUGCCCUGUGCCAGUGCUGAAGAGCGCUGUCAUACAGCGACAGCAUCUCACCGUGACCGCGAGCGCUCAGGUGCCAUGGAGUCACUGUCAGCGUCGGUGUUGAUGUCGGUGUUGAUGGCCGCCUCUGGGUCGCGGGAGGACUCGAUGCCUGGCACAGGGAAACCUUCGGCUGACGCUUGUGCCCCAUCUGUACCCUCCGGGCCAGCAGUGAGGACAGAGGUGGAAUUCACUGUCGCGUCGCCACUGACCGUCUACACACAGGGGCAGGUGGGGGUGGGGACGCCGGGGCCAGGUCCCUUCUGAAAGGACGAUCAGGAAAAUGCAUGCAGCUUGUUUCAGCACUGAAUAUUGCUCUCCUCAGUUCUGACCCCAGGACGUGGGCUUCUGUCUGGAAAGAAAGGCGGGAGCUGCUGUUUCCUGAGCACCUACUAUGUGCCGGGUCCUGUGCACAGACCUCCCCAGGCACCACCCCAUUCACUCCUUCCAGCCAGCCCAGAAGGUGAUCAUGGUCAUCCCCAAUUAACAGAUAGGCAAACUGAGGCUCAGAGAGGCCAAGUGGUUGCCGAGAGACCAAGGAGGGCAGCAAGGAGGGAGGGGCGGGGCUCAAACCUAGGGUCUCUGGCCGGUGGUGCGCCUGCCCCCUGUUCACCCCAUCCCGCUACCUGCCUGAAGGUGAGAGACUGUCACCGAGGCACCUCGCCAUCAGGCGCUACCACAGUGGGGCUCCUCUGACCCCAGCAGAAGUCUUGCUCAUUUUCCGGAAGGUUCUUAAGGCUUUGCUUUCUGUGCCAUCAGCUGAACUGGUUAAGAACUUUCUGUGUGUUGCCAAAGCAGUUUCUCCAGCAAAACCAGCCUGCCUGGAGCCCAGAAGAGAGCCCGGGAGGAAAGACCGUGGGGAGGGAGGACCCAGGCUGGGAGGGUGGCCCCCAUUCAGCACCAGAAGACCCACAUUCUGGUUCUGGUUCUACCACAGACCCUUUGAGUCUGAGGGGUUAUUCUCUGUGCCUCACUUUUCAAAUCUGUGAAAUGGAAAUUUUGAUUCCCACCCUGCUUGGUUCCCGGGAAGGGAUGGGGGGAGGGGGGAGUAAGGUAAAGCUACGAACUAAUAAUAGUCAACACACAGGCAGCCCUUGAGAUGCACUUGGAAGACAGUUUGCAAGUUUACAUAUUUGCCCUCAUUUCACCCUCCGAGGCCAUCGUAUGAGCCCAUUGUACAGAUGGGGAAGGCGAGGCACAGAGAGGUCAGUCUCUUGUCUAAGGUCACACAGCUGGUCAAGCCUUUGGGUCUGAGUGAGAUGGACUGAAAGCCAGCCAGUGAGGCCACUUAUUGAUGAUAGGCAUGAUGCCCCUGCUUGAUUAUCUCCUGUGACAGGGAGCUCACUACCUUAAGAGUCCCCAGGAUUAUCGGUCUCAGACUUCAGUAGGUGGCGGGUGAUCCUUGGGACAGUAGACUCAGCGUGGAGAGGGAAGGCUGGGAAAAGACCCCGAGCUUGGCUUUGGCCAUGCUGGGUUAGGGGUGCCGGGAGGCCCAAGGAUGGAGAGACGGGGAGCUGUGGCUUCCGCUCUGUUAUGAAAUGGGGGUAAGAACCGCACGGCACAGGACUACUGAGGACAUAAACAAGGGGAUGUGAUGUCGCCUAUCUGGCAGGGGCUUGAACCGUGGCAGCUGUUAUUACUGUUGUGUGGUUGUGGUUGCUGUUAUUAGCAGUAGGAGUAUUAUUAUUUAGGUCCUGCGUCCCCGGUAAAGUCACGGACCCCUGCGAACAGGGGCCAGGCUCCAUAUGUCCCUGUGUCCCACCCUGAGACACGCUCAGUAAUAUUUACUGACUGGAUUCCUGAUGUUCAGUGCCCUCCAAAUGGAAGGUGCCCAUGUGGGCGAGGCACUGGGAGACCCUUCAUUUGUAUAAUUUCACCUUGUUCCCCACGACUGGGGGGGGGGGGUCAUCCCUUCCAUUUUAGACACAGUCCCAGAGAGAGUGACGGCCCUGCCCAAGGUCACACAGUAAGAAGGGGAGCAUCAGGAAUGCUUCCCGGAGGAGGUAGCACUGUCACCGGGCCAGCAGGAUGGACCGUUUGACUGGGCCAAAGGGCAGGGGGCCAGUACGCUGGGCGUGGUGGAGAGGAACGUGGGUGCUGUCCCCGGGGCAGGGCUGAGCCCAGCACCCAGCACGGCGUGGGGCAGAGUGUGGGUGGGGCUCAGGGGGCAUUGGCUGAGCUGUGCUGACCUGAAUGAGCUAGCCGUCUGGGCUCCUGACCCCACCCCGCACCCGACCCAGCCACGUCCUCCUGUCCGGGCAGGAAGGGGUGCCUUCCUGGGGACCGCUCUGUGAGCAGUGAUAAAAUAUUUAUCAGAAACAGCGGCAGCUGGGCUUCCCUGCACAGAGUAUGGCCAGGGGCAGCUCCCACCCCUACACCAGCAGCCUCCCUGAGUCCUGCUGAGUCACGGGGGAGCCCAGUGAGCCACCUGCCCGCGCCCUCGCUGGCCCCUCUGCCCUUUGGCCGUGUGGGUGCCUCAUAAUGGGUAAGCCAUUCAGCUGCCCACAGGACCAGGGCAUCGGGCGCAGUUAGUGCAGAGGGUUCCAGAGCCUCCCCAGCGGCCAAGGUCACAGGCAGAGGAGGCCAGCGGGCCGGGAUCCCCCCUGCACUCACCCCUGCAGGGUCCCUUCUCCUUAGUCCUCACGGCAGCCAGCAAGGUUGAAGUUCAUGAGUUCGCCCAGCCUCAGUGACCUGGGCAAGAGAGAGCCGGCCGCCGCCGCCGCCGCGGACGAGCGGGGCACGCAGCAGCGCCGGGCCUGCGCCAACGCCACCUGGAACAGCAUCCACAACGGGGUCAUUGCUGUCUUCCAGCGCAAGGGGCUGCCCGACCAGGAGCUUUUCAGCCUCAACGAAGGCGUCCGGCAGCUGCUGAAGACGGAGCUGGGGUCCUUCUUCACGGAGUAUCUGCAGAACCAGCUGCUGACGAAAGGCAUGGUGAUCCUGCGGGACAAGAUCCGCUUCUAUGAGGGCCCUGCGCCGAGUUCAAGCCCCAGGAACGUUUCUGAGCACGUUCCGUGCACCAGGCACCGGGCACGUGCUUCCUCUGUGCCGGACUGUCCUGAGUGUUUUCCGGCUACCGAUCCGUUGGGUCUCCCGACGACCCUGCGAGAGAGCCGUCAUCGCUGCCGCCGCUGCACAAAGAGGGAAACCGAGGCACCCAGGCCUGCUUCCUGGGCCCACGCUGCUGCCUCGGUUCCCACUCUGAUCCUGGAAAGAAGGGGUGCUAGCCCAUUUCGCAGAGCAGGACGCCGAGGCCAGUGGCCUGGUGGGUGCUGGCUGAACUCAGAGCCGCUUGUCCCCCGGUCUUCCUGUACCCCCUGCUUCUAUCGGGCGGAAGCUUCGGGGCAGGAGCCCGAGAAGGGCCACCAGAACCAGUCGAGGGGAGGCGGAGACAGAGAUCGCCAGAGGUUUAGGCUGGCUUCCUGGAGGAGGCAGCAAAGGAAGCCAGCCGGGCAGGGCAGUGGGGGUCUGGCGCCGGGCAGAGAUGCCCUCCCACGCCCGUCUCCUUACUCGGCACAUUCCAGCGCGCUGUGCCUCCCACCAGCUCCGGACCAGGGGAGCUGGGAUCCUCAGAGAAGAGAAGCUUUGUGCGGCUUAGUGGAGUCGUGCCUGGAGCGGCCGUGUCCGCCAGGCCACCCAGCAGGGGAGUGCCGGCCCCAGCCAGCCUCCCCAGGCCUCGGGGGCAGGCAUGGAGCCCCAGUCCGGGGGCCGCAGGGCCUGGCCUCCAGUUCCCAUCCAGCCCAGCUGGGGACACAGACACGGACCGGAAGGUGGCAAUUCAGUGUGAGGACUGUCAGGGUGAAGGGAAGCUGUGGGGAAGGAAGAGUCCGUUCCAUCUUGGCAAUCAGGGAGGGCUGCACGGAGGUGGUGGCCCUGGAGUCAGGCCUCAAAACGUGGUCCGUUCGGGAGGACGUUUGGCCCCUUCAGUACGUACCGUGGGGACAGCAGCUGAUGCCACACCCUGAGGGUCAGCCUCUGGAACCCACUCCACCCGCCCCCUGCCCCCAUGUGGGUCCCAGGGGAGCUCUUCCUUGAGACCCCUCCCUGUGGCCAGCCAUGUCUUCACCUGUGCCUCUGCUGGAGGAGGAUGGGUGGUCUCACGCGGGGUGGCCCCAGGACCUUGCUGCCUACCUCCCCCCCCCGCACUCCCUCCGGCCUCCAGUGAGGCCUUGGACGUCAGCUCCCAAGCGGAGAGAGAAGCAGGAAGUCCGGAGGGACAGCCUGGAGGGGGAGUCCCUCUCCUGGGCCAUUUCUGAGGGUGUGGCUCGGUGGUCUCCGCUGCAGCCAGGACAGUCCCCUGAGUGGGCAGGCACGUGAGACCUCCCCGGAGGGGCGCAGGGUCUCCUGCAGGCUCCAGGCCCCGUGUGUAUGAGGACACCCGUGACGCCCGCCCUACGGAGGAUCACGCUGGGGUCCCGCAGCAAAGCAGAGCAGGGCCCCAGCGCCGUGCCGCCUGACUCUGCCCACUGACCACCCCGUCACCACCCCCCUCCCCCGGCACCCUUAGAUCCCAGCGGAGAACAUGGCCAGUGGGCGAGGCCGUGCUUCCCGGCCCCUCGUGCCCUCGUGGGGCCCGGAGUCUGUGUUUUACGACAUCUGCCUUCCACAGCAUUUCCGCCCCGUGGGCUGGAGGACGGCCCGCGGACGCCGGCCUGGCCGGUGCCCAGAGCCACCCCACGGCCGGCCCAGGGAACUGAGCCGUCUUUCUUCUUGCCCCCAACGGCGGGGACCUGAAGGGACCUCUGGAGGGCAGGGCUCCGCAGAGCUAGGUGUGGGCCCCCAGGGAGGGUCAGGAGC